AUGACCGUCCAGGCUGCCUUCACAGGCUGGGCUUGUACCACCCUCUGCCUGGCUUCCUGCUCGUCCGCCUUCUCCCACGGCGCCAGUACGGUGGCCUGUGAGGACAUGCAGCCCAGGCACAUUCUAGCCCAGCCUCAGGACCCCGGGACCCACCACAUCACCAUCCACACCAGCAGGUCUUCCUACUCGCCAGGUGAAGAGGUUCCAGUGACUGUGAGGAGCAGCCGCGAUUUCAUGGGCUUCCUGCUUCAGGCCUGGAGCGUGUCUCAUCACCGAACGGCUGGCACUUUUGUGCUCAUUCCUCCUCGUUCCAAACUGAUGACUUGUUUUGAAGAGGCGGAUGCGGUCACCCACUCGGACAAGUCCCGGAGGAGAAGCCUGGCAUUUGUGUGGAAGGCCCCUGCCCGGCCGGUGGGGGGCAUCAGAUUCCUUGUAUCAGUAGUCCAGUCAUACUUCAUUUACUGGGCGAGGAUUGAAUCGUCUGUCGUGUCUCAGCUGACACACAGCAGAGCCCGUUCUGACACUGGCGCGGAGCCCGGGUCACUGAUGCCCCUCCCUGGACAGUGGCUGGAUGGUUUUGAAGGAAAUGCCCCAGCCUUCAGCUCUCCCACUGCUCUUCUGGAGACGCCCACAGAUGUCUUUGCUCUUGUCCUUACUGGAGCCACAGAAGAGGACAACCAAGAUCCUUUCCCUGCCGGUAUUGGGGCAAUGGAAUUUCCUGGAGAUGCAGAGACUCUGUUCCAGCCAUCUUUACAUACAACUGCAGGUGGCAAUGGGCAGCAACCCAGCAGGGAUGACAACCCAACUCUAGAACCAUCCCUGGAUGCUCAUGGGGUAGAGAGGCUUGUGGUCCUCAGGAGCAUCUCCUCAGAGGGCUUUGCUUCCAGCUCCAACAUUCAUCACAGGACUCAGGAUGAACCAAGCUUUGAUUCAUUAGAAACUUGCCUGUUAUCAGAUAGGGAUGAACAGGAUAAGAGGGAAACCUCUAACAGGACGGUGACACAGCCAUCUCUCUUUACUGUACAUCUUACCUAUCCUCAGCACCUCUGGUCAUCUGAAGCAUCCACUGGGUAUUGGGCUGGAGUGACCAGCCCAACCCCUACCUUUCAUGCCUCUGGCACAUCCAGGCUACCUGCUGCUGGUGACCAGUCAGAGGAAUCAAGGCCCUCUGCCAGCUUCUUACCUCAGUCAAAGCACAAAGAUGCUAGAGUGGGGAAGGUAAAUGGAAAUGGUGGGGGUGGAUACUCUAAGAAGACCAACCCAAGGCCUGUAACUGGGUCAGAGGGAGCCAGUGUCCCUUCGGGGAUCCAGCUCAGGACUCCCCAGCUGGGAACCCUACUUUGCCUGUCAGCCAUCCUGGGCAUGGCCCUGGCUGCUGGUCUUCGCUACCUGCAUAUUCAGUAUUGUCACAAGCGGAGGGACAUGACCUUCAGGGAGCCUGCUGCAGAUGCUGUUGCCAGUAGUGACUGUGGUGAGACAGUGCAUGUCAGGAAUAUUGGGGAGAGCCAUUUUGUUUUGGUUCAAGCAGAAUACAACUGGAUCAUGCCUUCUGUGGGUAGCAAGAAAACAAUCCUGUGA